CUGGCGGGUACUGGCGGCGCGCGCGGCGGUGAGCGGGAAUAUUUUGCCUUGAGUGGCUCUUGAAGAAAUCCUGGUGAAACUAUGGACGCUGAUGAUGACUUGGAUCUGUUGGCUUCUCUUCUGGAAGAAAACGAAGCACCUGAGGAGAGGAAUUCUCCUGAGGAGGAAGAUGCUCCUGAGGAUGAAGAUGCAGAACCAGAUGAGUACGAUGAGCUCUUUGAUGCAGAAGAUGAUGCAUCCUACACUGAGGAGGUUGAUGCUGAGGACAGCACGAUUGAUGAGCAGAAGGAGAACUUGGCUACCCUGUUUGGAGAUGUAGAUGACCUGCUGGAAGAGGAGGAGGCAGAGAAAGCUGUCCCCACUUCAGCUCCCAGUCAGGCAAAGGAGAAAACCAAUGAAGAACUGCAAGCUGAGCUGAGAAAAUUGCAGGAACAGAUGAAGACGUUACAGGAGCAGUUGCAGAAGACUGCUCUUGGGCAGCAAUCCAGUUCAGGCCCCGAGAAGAAAACUCCUGGUAAAUCUCCUUGUCCACCCUUAAAGGAAAGGAAAGUUCAGAAGCUGCAAGAGUCGCCAUGCUUCUCAGCCCAGCUGGGUAAUUCUUUACCACCAGCCAAAAAAGGAACGCAGAAAUCAAAAGCAUCCUCAGCAGAGAACAAGAUUCCUCCUCCACAGCAAGUCCUCAGUCUGGCGUUCCAGCCUCUCAAGUCUGCCGUAGGGAACACACCCAGUAAGGUGACCAGAGAGAAGACUCCUCACGUGCCUGCAUGCUCCAGUGCAACCACGCAGCCAGUGUCUGUGGAAACCUUCUCAGGACUGAGACUAAGAAAACCCCGGGUGUCUUCGGCCGAAAUGGACAGGAAAAUGGCUAACAGGAAGCUCAUCCGACUGUCUCAGCUGAAGAACAAACUUGCUACUGAAAAUCUGGAGGAAAUAGACUGGGUAACAUUUGGAGUCAUAGUGAGGAAGGUCACUCCUCAGAGUGCAAAUAAUGGCAGGACCUUCAGCAUCUGGCGGCUGAACGACCUGCGGGACCUCAAUGAGUGUGUCUCGCUCUUCCUGUUUGGUGAAGUCCACAAGGAGCACUGGAAGACUGACCAAGGCACUGUCAUUGGCCUGCUCAAUGCCAACCCCAUGAAACCUAAAGAAGGUUCAGACGAGGUGUGUCUGUCCGUUGACCAUCCCCAGAAGAUCCUCCUCAUGGGAGAAGCUCUGGAUAUGGGCACCUGCAAAGCCAGGAAGAAGAAUGGUGAUCCUUGUGCACAGAUUGUGAACCUGAAUGACUGUGAAUACUGUCAGUAUCACAUCCAGUCCCAGUACAAGAAGCUCAGCUCGAAGCGGGCAGAUCUGCAGUCCACCUUUUCUGGUGGCCGCAUUCCCAAAAAAGCUGGUCGGAAAAAUCCCACUUUGAAGGAGAGGCUGUGUCAGGAUGGGUUUUACUAUGGAGGAGUCUCUUCAGCAGCAUACGCAGCCUCAGUUGCAGCAGCUGCCGUGCCAAAAAGGAAGAUUCAAACCACUCUCUCCAACCUGGUCGUGAAAGGAUCUGAUGCAAUUGUCCAGGAAACCAGACAGAAAAUUGGUGCAGCAAAGAGACCCAUGCAGUGUUCUGAAGAAUUCAGGGAACUGCUGGCACAGCCAACUUUUGGAGCACGAAACCUCUGCAAACACUGGACCAAAACAGAUGCUGAAAAGAAGCAAGGGGAAAAUUUCCAGUCUAUCUCUGCUUCAGCACUGCUCAAGCAACAGAAACAGAAAUUGCUGGAGGCCAGAAAAAAGCGAUCUGAAGAGAUUCAGAGGCGGUUUCUCCAGAACACAGGUAAAGCCAGCACUCCUGCUCUCCCAUCCUCCUCCAGACAGACCUCCCUUCAGUCCCCAGUGCCCGGGGCAGAGUUUCCCAAAGCUGCAAAAAUGUCAACUCCUCAGAGGCCCAGGCUAGGUACAGGCUUCUCAGAAGGAGAAGAUAUCCUCUUUUUUGACAAGUCUCCUCCUCCAAGGCCAAAGCUAGACAGCUUGGCAGAAGCCAAAAAGCUGGCUGCAAUACGACGACUACGAGCAAAAGGCCAGAUCCUUCCUAAAACUGACCCAAACAGCAUCAAGAGGAAACGGACUGAUGUUGAGGAUGUCCUAGAAAUUGUUGAAAGAGUUGAGAAAAAUGUUGCUCAGCCACAAGGUGCAGAAGCAGACAAUGGAAUGGAUGAACUGGAACCUGCCCAAAAGAAAUGGCGUGAGCAGCUGGCCUAUCUGGAGUCAGAAGAGUUCCAGAAAAUCCUGCAGGCCAAGUCCAAGCACACAGAUGUCCUAAAAGAGGCUGAGGCUGAACUGCAGGAGAAAUACUUUCAGCCCCUGGUGAAAAAGGAAGAACUGGAAGAGAAGAUGAGGAACAUUAAAGCAGUGAAAUGUCGAGUUGUGACAUGUAAAACAUGUAAUUACACCUAUUUCAAGCCUCUGGAGACUUGUGUGCAGGAUAACCACAACUACCUCUGGCAUGAUGCCAUCAAGAGAUUUUUCAAAUGUCCUUGUGGAAGCAGAGCUAUUUCCCUUGACAGGCUUCCAAAAAAGCCCUGCAGUUACUGUGGCCUCUUCAAGUGGGAGCGAGAUGGGAUGCUAAAGGAGAAAAAAGGUCCGAAGAUUGGUGGAGAAACGCUUUUACCAAGAGGAGAAGAACAACCAAAAUUUCUCAAUAGUCUCAAGUGACCUGGAGUUGAUUUUUUCCAUAACAUAUGGAUGAAUUUUUGUGUCUGAAACACAUUUAUACUGGACUGCCAGGAGGAUUCAGGUUUUAGUGAUGAAUCAGUAGGGGAAUCAGUUUUUGAUGAAAUGAUCAUCUGCCAAGUGUCAACUAGGCUGCUGCAUGGAUAUUGAACUUGGAUCUUCUUUUAAUUGACUGAAUAAGACUUCAUGUGAAAGGCACAGUCAUGCCUGUUCUUUCCAGCUAACACCACAAGAGUGAUCUCACUAUUCACACUAUUCUAUUUGUGAGUGAUCUCACAAAUCAUCAUGAAUGGCAAUGACUGUAGAAUCCAUAAGCACUUAUAAAUUAAUACUCUGAUGUGUUCAUGCCAGCCUGUCUUCAGCUCUUGGACAAAAGGGGUGUGAGAGGGGUGUAGGCACAGAGCAUUCUCCAUUGUUUUCAAAAUUACUCACUCUGAACCCUGAGAAAUAGAUGUCAAACCAAUGUCCUGUGUUUUUCCUUGGCUUAGCUGUUACAAAACCCUUCCAUGGUUUUGGCCCUGCAAGCCAGCAGUGUUUGUGUUGGAAACUCAGAGCUCCCUGUCCCCCAGCACCAUCCACACUACAGUGCUCUUGUGGCUACACACCUGUAGCUCCCACUUUGAAAAACAUUUUAACAAAUCUGGCACCACUUUGUGAGUGGUUUUAAAGAGCUAUGUGAUUAUAUUUAAAAGUUUUUACUCUUUUUCUGGUACAUUAAAUAGGAGCAGUAGCUGUCUCAGACCAAGCAGGAUGAAAUCUCCCUCCAGGAGGUGGCUCCUGAGCAAUGCUGUCUCCAUACAGGCAUUUUUCUGACAGCACAUCUCUCUAGGGAUGCCUGGGGCAUUUAACCAGCUUUUCCUGGACCUGAGCCUUUUCCUGCCCCUAGCUCAUGCCCAGUAGGAUCACAGGAUAUUUUUAAGUGCCUAAACCACCCCUAACCUUAGUGAUUCGAUCAAAGGGCCACUAAACAUCUCAUAUGUCCCAGUGGUCUUGUCAGUGUCUCUUGUUUGAUUGCACAGGGGCUGGAAGAGAAAUAAGUUACUUCACUUGAAGCAACUGGACAGAUUCACAUCAGCAUUCUGCAGCCCUCGUCUCUUA